AUGAAGUCCCCGAUCCCGGACUACCUGAAUGUCUUGCUGGACAAGGUCCGGCCCAACGAAGAAGGCCAACCAGCCCAAUAUAUCAAGACCUUGGCCCAUGCAGACACCUCGAAGCUCGCCGUGGCCCUCGUCAUGGUCGAUGGCAACGUGUACUCCGCGGGGGACGACCACGUCGAGUUUUCUAUUCAGUCCAUUUCCAAAGCCUUUGUCUAUGCCAUCGCCAUCGAGGAUGCCGGGCUGGAGCAUGUUCUGGAACGGAUCGGUGUCGAGCCAUCCGGCGACGCCUUCAACAAAUUGUCGCUGCACAAAGGCACCAACCGACCAAUGAACCCCAUGAUCAACGCCGGAGCGAUUGCGGCGCAUUCACUGGUGGUCCACCCGAACGCCACAGCCGAGGAGAGAACGGACCGCAUCCUGAAGACCAUGUCGAGGCUCGCUGGGCGUCAGCUGUACGUGGAUGAGGAGGUGUACGAAGCCGAGAUGGAGGAGGCCGACCGCAACAUGGGAAUUGGAUACAUGCUGAAGGCCGCGGGCAUUAUCUCGUGCAAGCCAGCAGAGGUGGUCAAGGGUUACAUCCGCCAGUGCUCCAUCAACGUCAACGUCCGCGAUUUAGCCAUGAUGGCAGCGACCCUGUGCAACGCCGGGGUGAAUCCGGUCACCGGUGAAACCAUUAUGCCCGCAGACAGUGUCCGCCAGGUGCUUUCGGUCAUGACCACAUGUGGCAUGUACGAUGCGGCGGGUCAGUGGGUGUCCCGCGUGGGCAUUCCGGCCAAGAGUGGUGUCGCUGGCGGCGUCAUUGGCGCCCUGCCGGGCCAGGUUGGCAUCGCCGCAUUCUCACCCAAACUGGACGACCGUGGCAACAGUGUCCGCGCGGUCGCUCUCUUUGAGCAAUUAUCACGCGACAUGGGCUUCCACAUGAUGGACGUGAGCCAGAUCGCCCGGGCGAGUGUGAGCACCUCGGUGGCCAAAAUCGUGGCGGGAGAGGAAGAACCUCACCACCCCAACUGCGAUCGACGGGUGGUCAUCUUUGCCCUGCGAGGGGCCGUCCGCUUCGCGGGCUCCGAGCGCCUCACGCGCGCCAUUGUGCGGGAACUCGGCGAGCCCGAUCCCCAGGAUCCCGGCUCGGGGGAGCACCGGGACGCGUGCGCCAUCGUGGUGUCGCUCCGGGACGCAUUUUCUCUCAAUCUCGUGGCCCGCCGGGUGAUCCACGAGAGUAUCAAACGGUUGCUCGCCGAGGGGAGAACGGUCGUGGUGAUCGAUCCCAACAGUGUCUUGCAGAUGGACUUGGGCAGCCUGCCCACGUGUCAGCAUCCGCGGAUUGUGGACAAUGAAAAGGAGGCCAGGGAAUUCAUUGGAGGGACGGGUUGUUCGGCCGUUGCGCAGUCUGACAAUUGGUAG